AUGAUGAGUAGCAGCAGCAGUGGACAUCAACAACAAAUAGAUUUUGAUGGAAUAUUCUCAUCAGAUACAUUCAAUACUAAACAAUGGAUAAAUAACUUAUUGAAACCAGCCAACUCGACAUCAUCACAAUCACAAACCAAUGAUGUAUUCAACUAUUCAAUUGAAUCUGAUUUAGAGGUACAUAUAAAUAGAGCAUCUGAUAUAUUAUCGAAAUUACAAAUCUAUAGUUUGGAAUUGAAUAUGUCAUUGGAGAAUAAGGCAUCGGAUUCACUACUGUAUGUGCCAAAGGCAGUGCGUGAGAUCGAUCGAGUUCGAAAGGAGUCGGUCUCACUCAAGCAAAAGGUGAAGCAUAUCAAUCAGACCAUUGCAUCGAUGCAUGCCAACACCUCUGAUACCGUCGCUAGAAUCUCAUCGUUGGACACUGUCAGAAAGAGAAUCGACCAGUGUAUCAUAUCGCUAAAUGAAGCGGAGAAGCUUCUGUCUUUUUCAUCGGGUCUGGACAAGCUGUUCCAAUCUGCCGACUACUUGAAGAUCGCAGACACUCUCGAAGGUGUAAAGCAGAGUUUAGCUGUGCUAUCGGAUAUUCCAGAGUUUAGAGAGCAACAGCGUCACUUCCAAGCGCAUCAGGAUCGUCUGGAGUCGCUUGUGCGUCCACAGCUGAUUGGCGCGCUACAGUCGCGUGACCUCGAAUCCUGUGUAAACUAUCUCAAGAUAUUCCAGUCGAUUAAAAGAGAACAACAGUUCCUCAUUCACUAUUAUAACGUGCGUUUGGAACCGAUCAAGGCGUUGUGGUCGUCUUAUGCAGGCGGUAGUUCCAAGUCGCCAGCAGGCAGCGCUACCUCGCCAGGAACCACUUCACCACCACAACAGCAACAACAACAGCUAAUUGUUCCUAAUCUUAACCAAUGGUGUCAAGGAUUCUAUGAUGAAGUUAUUCUACUUGCCAAUCAGGAGAUGGAUUGGCUAUCAAAGUUGUCACCUGGCAACUACCGGCAACUGGCGGAGCAGCUACUGGUCAAUCUAUUCCUAUCGAUAAAUUCACAAUUCCAAACUAGAAUCGAGCAAUAUGCAGCUCCUAAUCAACCUGGCAAAACCAAUGAACUUAUCAACCUCUACAAAACGACCAUCCAAUUCCUCAGAACGCUCGACAUUCCAGAGAAGGAAACUCUCAUCAAAACAGUGUUGGAACCAUUCAAAAUAUUUCAAACGAAAUUCCCAGAGAAUGAAUCCAAACUAUUUAAACAAUAUCUAUCAUCUUUUUCAUUAGUUAAAAAGAAUGACUUCUCAACAACGAUUAAAAAUAUAGAAAAUUCAAUUAAUAAGAUAUUCCCACUUUGUGAAUCGUCGAUCGAUAGAUUUUAUAGUUUGACACAUGUCACCGAGGUGGAACCAUUUAUCAAUGUUAUCAACAAUGUAUUUAAAGACUUUGUUGCCAUGCUGAAGGAUUCAAUCAAUGAGCUAAAGAUUAUGUCAAACAUAUCGAUCACCAAAGACAUUCUAUCACAAAUCGAACAGAGAAAACAACCAGCAAAUGUAAAACAACAAUCACAACAACAACAACAUCAACAACAACAACAACAAAACUGGGAGUAUUUCCAAGGUGCUAUGAAGCUUCUACAGGAUUGCAAUACUUUUAUCGCAAAGAUGAAACAUCAGGCAACCAACAAACGUUCACUUUUCCACGAUGCCCAAGAUCAAAUUCAAAAUUACUGUGCUCACUGCCAACAUUUUGUAUUUGAAACAAUGAUUAAUUUCAUUCGUCUAAAGUUGAAAGAUUUACCAAGAUUACCUGAAUGGAAACAACAAUCUGGUACGGAAUCAUAUCAAACCAAUCCUUCACAAGUCAGCUAUAUCACACAGAUUGCUGAGCAUCUGCUGAAUAUUCCACAGCAAUUGGAUCCAUACUCUGAGGAGGAACUAAUUAGAUUCUCCUAUAGGAUUGCAUUGUCACAGCCAAUUGCCAACGAUGACUUUUAUCAGAAUCUUGUCAGGCAGCUGUACAAGUCGGAACAAACUACAUCUGCUGCCACCAUCUCGGAGGACGAAGAAGAGGAGGAGGAAGAUGGAAUUGCACAUCAAUGGAUGUCGUUGGUUGCCAAAGCCACCGAGAAGCUCUAUCUCCAAUCGAUCGUUGAAAUCUCGACACUUACCGACUCAGGAUGUCAGCAACUGGCCAACGAUAUCUCCUAUCUCUUCAACAUUCUCUCUGCAAUCGGUGUUCCCCACGAUCCACUGCUCUCACUUACCCAACAACUCAUUUCUAUUCCCAAAGACAAAUACCUGGAAUCCAUUGCCAACUAUGAAAGUAGUGAAAAGAAUAUUUCAAAUCUAAUAAGUAAAAUGAGAGGAAUAAAGUAA